AAAUCCUGCCGCUCCGAUCCAGCCGAGGAAGAUCGGGGCUGGGGGGCCCGGCACUAUCCCCGCCAUGCUCCGCAGACUGGCCCGGGCCGCGACCCCGCGGCAGCGGGUCUUCUGGGCGCGGAGGUCUGGGAGCCUGGCGGAGGUUCCGACGUACGUGGUGGACCUGCGCAGCGACACGGUGACCAAGCCCGGGCCGGCCAUGAGGCGCGCCAUGGCCGAGGCCGUCGUGGGGGACGACGACUACGGCGAGGACCCCACCGUCCGCGCUCAGUCUGACACAUCACUCGAGAACCUGUUAGAAAUGCAGAGUCUCGGGUCCCACACCGGACCUUCGGAGCCAGAAUCUGCAAGUUGGUCAAGCCUGGCUGAGCUGGAUGGGGACAGACGGGGAGAGGACAUGGCCCAGGAGGAGGUGGGGUGCAGAGGGUUGACUGAGGACCCCCUGGACCCACAUGUGCGGCCACCGAGACCACAGGCUGCAGCUGGCAGAUGCAGUCUGCCAGCACUUGGUCCCAACACUGCCCCCACCCCAUCUACCUUAGUGAUGUGUCACUGCCGGCGCCGGGGCUCCCAGCUCCUCCUGGGGCACGAAUGCCACAUCCAUGUCUAUGAGCAGGGCGGGGUGGCUCAGAUCGCAGGGGUGCACUCCCACCCCCUCCCAGACCUGCCCUACGGCACCCUGGACCUGACUGAGCUGGAGAGGCUGGUCACACGGAGCCUUGGGAGCCCCUACCAUCCGAUCUGUGAGCUCAUUUGCCUGGAGAACACCCACAGCAGCUCAGGGGGCCGGGUCCUCCCCUUGGAAUACCUACGGCAGGUGCACUUGCUGGCCCGAAGCCAUGGGGUCCGUGUCCACCUGGAUGGGGCACGGUUGAUGAAUGCCGCGGUGGCUCUGGGCGUGCCCCCGGCCCACAUCAUGGAGCACUGUGACUCUGUGUCUCUCUGUUUUUCCAAGGGCCUUGGUGCACCAGUGGGGGCCCUGGUUGGGGGACCCAAGGACUUCAUUGAAGAAGCCUGGCGCCUUCGGAAAGCCCUGGGUGGAGGGAUGCGCCAGGCUGGGGUGCUGGCCGCAGCUGCCCUGGUGGGACUGGCUGACGCCGAGGAGAUGCUGCAGAGGGACCACCAGAAUGCCCAGAGAUUUGCCAAAGGGCUUCAGGAACUGGCGUCCCCCGUCUGCUCCGUGGAUCCCACCGCCGUGGAGACCAACAUGGUGAUGGUGAGAGUGGACGGGCUGCCGCCCGAGGAGCUGUGCCGGCGCCUGCAGGCCGUGAGCGCGGACGAGGUGGCCCAGACCGGCCGCGCGGUGCGUGUGCUGGUCUUCCCCUGGACGGAGCGGUUGGUGCGCGCCGUGUGGCACCGGGACGUCUCCGCGCAGGACACAGAGCUGGCGCUGGGAAAGUGGGCGUUCGUGCUGAGGACCCUGCGCCUUGGCCAGGAUGGACGGAGCUGACGAGGGCAGGUUUCUGUGGUCCAGGAAUUAGGGAGAGGAGUUCCGGGAGCGUCUCAGGAAGCCGCAGUGGAGACUGCACUAGGACCAGGGCCAGUGUGAAGCACCCACUGUGGACUUUGGCCAAGCUGAGACUGAGGCUCACCUGGGCUGGCCUCUCUGAAUCAUGGCCAGGUCUGUUCCAGAGAGGGAAGGGGCAAGUGCCCCCACCCACCCUGGUGAGUUCUGGGAUCCGAGGUUCACCGGUGUGUGUCUGGUUCACUGUCUGUGCCCAGAGGCCAAGCCUGUCUGCAGAGAGGCCCAGGGUUAAACCCUGACACUGCUGACCCCCAGCUUCUGUGGGAGAGGUCAGGUGACAGCCUCCCAAGCUGAGAGGACCUGCCCACAAAGCCAGCCCCUGGAACCAACGUCAGGCCUCGGGGGUCCUCCCUGCCUGUGCCAGCCGAAAAUAAAGAGCUCAUCAUGUCUGCCAAAGACGAUUCUGGAUGGACGGAUACACAGACCACACACAGGAUGUCUCUGGAUGGACACACAGACAGACACACAGACCUGGUGACAGGGUUUCCCCCACACUGUUUGUAAGGCAUGUGUAUGUAUUAUCUAUUCUGAGAGGUUUUAAGUGAAUAAAGGUUUAACUGCA